ACAAAGAAAGGUUUGCAAGUCAGUCAUUCUUAGCCGCAAGAUUCGGAUUGGUUCACUCUUAUCUGCCACGUGUGUCCAGAGUAAGAUAUUGGUUGGCUCUCCCGCGCUCUUAUAAUAAACGAACUUUCCCUUUGGCUUUUUAUUACAGAAGAAAAACAUUUGCGGCCCUUCCCUCUCCAAACACUGCCAAACUAAAAGGAACGAGGCACACUGACUCACCUUCUACAAACUAAGGUGUUAAAUUGACGCUGCAUAGCGUCAGAAAUCCAUUGAGAAUCAAAAUUUUUUGAAGGAAAAGAUGGACUACAUGUAUGGACCAGGAAGGAACCAUCUGUUUGUUCCAGGGCCAGUUAAUAUUCCUGAACCAGUUAUCCGAGCAAUGAAUAGGAACAAUGAGGAUUACCGUUCUCCAGCUGUUCCUGCUCUCACCAAAACCCUUCUUGAAGAUGUCAAAAAGAUUUUCAAGACUACUACAGGAACUCCAUUUCUUUUCCCAACAACAGGUACUGGUGCCUGGGAGAGUGCACUUACCAACACUUUGUCACCUGGUGAUCGUACUAUAUCUUUCUUGAUUGGACAAUUCAGUUUGCUAUGGAUUGAUCAGCAGCAGCGCCUUGGCUUCAAUGUUGAUGUUGUUGAAAGUGAUUGGGGCCAAGGUGCCAACCUUGACAUUCUCGCAGAAAAACUUGCAGCAGAUACUGCACACACUAUUAAGGCUGUUUGCAUUGUCCACAAUGAGACAGCAACUGGAGUUACCAACAAUUUGGCUACAGUUAGAAGAAUUCUUGAUGACUACAGGCAUCCAGCUUUGUUUCUUGUUGAUGGAGUUUCAUCUAUAUGUGCUCUUGAUUUUCGUAUGGACGAAUGGGGUGUUGAUGUGGCUUUAACAGGUUCUCAGAAGGCUCUUUCUCUUCCUACUGGUAUUGGAAUUGUGUGCGCGAGCCCCAAAGCACUUGAAGCAUCUAAAACUGCGAGAUCAGUUAGGGUGUUCUUUGAUUGGAAUGACUACCUCAAGUUUUACAAACUUGGAACAUAUUGGCCAUACACUCCCUCCAUUCAAUUGCUUUAUGGACUUAGAGCAGCUCUUGAUCUUAUUUUUGAGGAAGGCCUUGACAAUGUCAUUGCAAGGCAUGCUCGUCUAGGGAAAGCAACAAGGCUUGCUGUGGAGGCAUGGGGCUUGAAGAACUGUACUCAAAAGGAAGAAUGGUUCAGUGACACAGUGACUGCUGUCCUCGUUCCUCCGUCCAUUGACAGUGCAGAAAUUGUUAGAAGAGGAUGGAAAAGAUACAAUUUGAGCUUAGGUCUGGGUCUUAACAAAGUAGCUGGGAAGGUUUUCAGAAUAGGCCAUCUUGGAAACCUGAAUGAGCUGCAACUGCUGGGUUGUCUGGCUGGAGUGGAGAUGCUACUGAGAGAUGUUGGUUACCCAGUGAAGCUAGGAAGUGGAGUAGCAGCAGCCUCUGCUUUCCUGCAGAACAACACUCCUCUAAUCCCUUCCAGGAUUUAGUAAUUCAUAUGCAGUUAAUUCUUUUCCUUGAGAGAACUUUGUAAAAAGAUAUGCUUAAUUUCCUUAUUUGUGCUCAUACUGUUUCAGUGAUCAAACGAUGAUGUCCUAUGUAAAUCUUUGCUUUUUUUAGUUUACUUCUUGUGCCUCAAACACCUUCUCAACACAAUCUAAUGCUUUGGAUAA